GACGUAUAACAUGUACAUAUGUAGAACUUGCAAAAAAUGUAUUCGUGCAGUAGUCACUUUGUUGUGCGUAUCGAAGCAGACGGCAUUAACAGCUUAUAACUCGUCCCGUCUUUUAGCUUUACUUGUCAAUGCUUGUGUGGUUUUGUUCUCUUCAGUUUCUGUUUCAAACAUCAAGCAGUAGGCCUACAAGACUUCACUCUAAAGCUUCGGACAUUGCACAGAGACAUCAAUUACAGUCAUGGGCAACUGGCUUUCCCCGAUCCCUGACGUCCCCAUGGACUCCCCGGAGGGGACACUGGUGCAAGAGAUCCUCCACGACAAGAUUGUGGUGGUAUUCUCCAAGACGUAUUGUCCGUACUGCACGAUGGCCAAGAAAGCCCUGGACGAACACAAUGCCAAUUAUGCAACGGUGGAGCUGGACAAACGAGAAGAUGGCAAACGCAUUCAGAGUGUACUUGGGAAGAUGACUGGGGCAACCACAGUGCCUAGGGUGUUCAUCAAGGGAAAGUUUAUCGGCGGAGGCACAGAAGUCAAGCAACUGAACGACGAAGGAAAACUGGAAGGAAUGCUUCGAGACUGCGGGGCCAUCUAAGAAACGUUGCACCAAGGAUGAAAGUGGAAUCCAACUUCAUAGGUAUCGUACCGGUAAAAUCAUCAUUGGCAUACAAAAAUGGACAGCAGUUCUGCAGGGCUGAUUUGACCAUACACAUUUUCUUUGACUUGUCAUCACAAAGUGUAUACGUAAAAUGUAUGUACAUCGGCAACACAGUGGACAUGAAGAAUGGCUGUUGAAAUUUGAAGUUAAGGAGGUUGUGAAAUGCUCGAAGACAUUUCCGUCAUUCUUCGGGUAUAUGUAGCCUAAGGUGUGAUGAAAUAAAAACG